AUGACCCCCUCUACAAAUGGUGCGGACCAUGCCUCGGUCACAGAAGCUCCCCAAAAGAAUAACCACCACUUCACUGAGCCCCAAUUCCCCGAUAAUAUGAAGGCUGCUAUGCAAGUUGAGCGCCACGACUAUGUCGAUCUGGCACCGACAACACGAAAACGCGCACACUCAAUGGAAGGCUUCGAAGACAUUUACACCGACAUCGUCGAUUAUAUUGUGCGAUGCACCCACAGAAUUUGGGACGAACGCGAUAUCGGCUUGAUCUACACCCACUACACCCACAACUGCGUUCUGUACGGCACAAUGGGCACAAUCUACGACCGCGAGUCAGUUGUUCGCGACACUAUCCAGCGCCUCGUCUCUCUUCCCGAGCGCCGUGGUAUGGCCACGCAAGUCCUUUGGGAUGGUGACGAUAAGAAGGGCUUCUACACCUCCCACUUGGUCACCGGCUCCGGUCGGCACACCCAAAAUGGUCACUGGGGGCCCGCCACUGGCAAGACUUUCGUGUCCAGGACCAUCGCCGACUGUAUGAUCUAUCAGAAUCGGAUUUAUCGCGAGUGGGUGGUCGCAGAUACCAUGGCUAUUAUCAAACAGCUUGGACUGGACCCCAACACGUUUGCCUAUGACGCAGCUAAGGCACUGUUCGACAAGGGGCUCGAGUCCAUUGAUAUCGGCGAGAACCGCCGCAUGAUCGGUCAGCAAAACCCGGAUUGGAAGGCUGAUACCUCCAUCGCCAACAACGAGAUUGAAGCUCAAACCCUGGAGUGGCUUCACGAUAUGUGGAAUUGCCGUAUGUUUGGCCGCGUCGAGAAGCACUAUGCUCCAAACGCGCAAUAUCACGGUCCCAAGAUGACAGAGCUGUAUGGCCCCGCUGCUGUCCUGCAUCAGCAUCUUGCCCUUCUUGGUUCCAUUCCUGAUGCUGCCUACAUGCCCCAGCACAUCUUCUCAAACCCCUGUGAAGAAGGCGGUAUCAAAGUUGCCGUGCGUUGGGUUAUGGAGGGUCACCACCUUGGCUUUGGUAUUCUGUCGGAGCUCGGUAAGCCCACAGGUCUGCGGCUACAGGUCAUGGGUGCGACGCACUAUCAUUAUAAGAAUGGCCGGAUUGUGGAUGAGUGGAAUGUUUACGAUGAGCUUUCUCUGCUUACGCAGAUUAAGCUUGGUCAGAUGGUUGAGGAGGCGAAGUUGAAGUAA